GAUGCCUUUAGCGAUCAAGACGCCGCCGUGCGCAAAGCAAAACCCGCCCGCCCAUCAUGCAAAGGCCUUGCAAACCCUCACGGCCGCCCCGGCCGCGCUUCCUCCCUCACCCACCCGCACCCCCCUCUCAUCGUCGCUUUCCCAUCCGCUGCAUCACCGCCCCGUGAGUGGACGCGCGAGCGACCCUGAACUAGACAGCGCUCAGGUUCGGUCCUAGCCACAGCCUUAGACAAGCGCUGCAAUAGGCACGCAACCCAGCGGCUGACAAUAAAACCACGGCAGCCCCAACGCCGCGACACACCACCGCCAAACCCUCACCACCACACCGUCGCGACAUCACCACCACCACGGCGCGCCUGCUGCACGCCGCCCACGACCUCGUCGACGCCGCCGCCGCCCCGACACAAUGUCCACCUCCAAGACGGCCACGGCGAAGUCCAAGAUCAUCGUCCUGCCACUGCCAUCAGAGCUGCUGUCCAAGUUUCCCCACGAGCCGUCGUCAAAAUCCUCCGAAUCGUCCAAGCCAGCGUCGUCGCCAGACACGCCGGCCCAGGUCGUCGAGCCCACGCCGACCGACACUCCCAACGGCUCUUCGACGCCCAUGAAUGGCACGAGCAAUGGCCUGCUCGCACCGCCGGCCGCUGCGCCAGGAGGCAAGCGAAAGGCUGUCCCUGGACCAAAGACCGCCGCGAAGAGAGGCGCGGCCGCCAUGGACGGCGGCCCCAAGCCACGGGGCAAGCCGGGUCCCAAGAAGAAGCAGAAGCUCGGCGACAUGAUCAACGACCCAAACAACAAAGGACCCUUUGCCGCCCCGGCGCCCGUACAGAAGCUGGGACCAAAGGCCAACAUGGGUGCCAUCAACGCCGGCCUGCGUGCCCUCGACCGAACGGGCAAGCCAUGCCGCAAGUGGGAGAAGAAGGGCUUCUCGAUCCGCAGCUUCACUGGCGUCGCCUGGGAUGUUCCCACCUGGAGAGCGCCAAAGAAGGCUGCCGUGUUUGCCGAAGACGUGAAAAGCGAUACCACAGGCUCGAGCGAUACCAAGAUCAAGGACGAGAGCAGUGCUAUCAGUGAGAAGAGCGGCGCCAAUGGCGAUGCAAGUACCCCAAUACCACCGCCGCUGAACGGUCUCGCAAGCUCGCCGACGCCUGUUGCUGCCGCUUCAUAGGCCGUCACACAUCUCGGCAUGGAUGGUUCCUGAGCUAUGCAUCCCUACAUACUUUUGCUACUUGCGUUUUUCGCAUUCGAACGGCGUCAUUAGCUUGCGUUUGGGCAGUUGGGCCCACUUUUAUCUUCUACAUAGCUGUGUUUCUACCUCAAUUUUGGGCAUGUUCGGCGUCUCGGGGGGUCCACCGACGUGUCUGGGUCAAAACGGAUUCUUUCUUCGGCGUCUGGAUAUGAUAGUGACGGGUCGGUACCUGAACCUGGCGCGUGACCGCUCGUGUCUGGAGUAGGCCAGGCCAUGAGGGACGGUACUGGACAUGGUAGUAGUAGGACCCAUGUAUUUGCAUAGAAAGAGAUUUAACGCGCUUCGAUACGGACUUUUCAG